CCUUGUUUAUCCUCUCCGACCUCAACCUCCCCUCUCCGCUCCCCUCCGCCCGCCCUCACACGCUCUCCCUCUCCCUCUCAUCUCCGCCAACCCCAGCCUCCUUCCUGGCGAUGACAGCCGGCCCGUCCUUCCCCUCCUGUUUCGGCCUCCCCUCUCCUCCCCUCCGCCUGCGCCCUCACCUCGUGCCCGUGGUGAGGCGCGGCGGCCAUCAGGGGGCAGCGAGGAGCCAGAGUGCAUUCUUCUACGUUAAAAAUUGUGAGAGUAGAUAACGUUUCUAUGAAGCUACUCCUCUCAAAGAGAAAAGAUAUCUAUCAAGCUACUUUGUCGGGACAGGAUUUGACUUGAAGCUCAGGUUUCCGCUCCGAUGCUCACAUUCACCAACUGGCGGUGUGAGUCUGUGGUCUGUGUGGACGUCGAGCGGCGGAUCCAACCGGCGGCGAUGAUAAUCGAUGAAGGCAGCGGCUCUGGACAAGUAGGGAGGCCCCCUUGUUUGGUUGGAACCAUUGGAUACAUGGGCAGGCCUCGAGGGAAGAGUAAGAAAGCGAUCGAAGCCGCGAGCAACGACGACGAAGACGGCAGCAGCGGCGGCGAGGAGGUGCCGCCCACCCCUAAGAGGAGGGGAAGAAGGCCUCAUCAGAAGCCUCUCAACGACGACGCCGACGACAAGGACGCCGUCGAGGCCGAGGAGGAUGCCGGAGACGGCGGCGCAAAACCCGUCGUGCGGCCAAGCAAGGACUCCAAGAGCAGCUCGGCUGAGGGCGGAGGCAAGAAGCGGCGGCGCCGCCGGCUGAAGCGCGGCCCCGACGAGCUGGCGGAAGAAGCGGGCGAGGAGGAUGGCCGUGUGAAGUCCAAGUCCAAUGGGUUCCGGCCGAACGGAAGCCGGCGGAAGAGCACUCCCCGGCGAGCCGCCGAGGCCGGGGUGGAGUGCAAGUGAAGCGAGCAUCUGCCGGAUAAGCUAGAGCGAGCUACCAGUGUUUUUACCCUCUUUUUUUUGCAUUUUCACUGAAGCUUCUACCCAUUUCUGUUACAGAGAUGAAACAAACAUGCAUCUUUGACGCGUGUGGUAGUUCCAUUUCAUUUCUUAGGAACACGACCAUGUUCGUGCCAUUAUGUGCUGGUCGGUGGCUGACAAGCUACUAAGCUAGCUAGUUAUUAUUGUAGGCUUAUAGCUCGUGCGUUCGUUAGCCUCAAGGUAGUAGUAGUAGUAGUGGCUGGUGGUUUGCGUUGAAAGUUUAAGCAAGCAUUCCCGGUGAAAAUUUUAGUAUUUACCCUC